AGACUUGCUCUUCCUCAAACACAUAUAAAUAGAUGCCUUUUGAAUCCACUCCAACACAGACCCCUCUCCCAUUCCUUGCCUGAUCUUUUGCUUCUCUGUCAAAUCAAGAUGCAUCUUACCAGGCUCAACGCACCCGUUACUUAUUUCUUGCUCUCUUUCUUUUUUGUUUUCUUUUCUUCAUCGACUGCUUACAACAUCACCGAAGUUCUAAACAAGUACCCUGAUUUCAGCAUCUUCAAUGACUACCUCACCAGAACCAAAGUUUCUAACCAGAUCAAUGAACACAGAAUUAUGACGGUCCUCGUGGUCAACAAUGCGGCCAUGUCAUCUUUAGUAGGAAAAUCAAUAGACGUGAUCAACAAGGUGAUGCGCAUCCACGUAUUUCUGGACUACUAUACCCUCAGUAAGUUCAAGAGCUUGCCUACUUCACAGCCUGCCCAACUGACCACACUGUUUGAAUCUCCUGACCAACACCGCUACCUGAACGUCACAAAUGGGGGCACCGUCUCAAUUGUUUCCGCUGCUGGUUCGGAGAAAGUAGAGGUAGUUCGAGAUAUUUCUCCUGACGACAUUUAUAAGACAUCAAUUGUGGAAGUGAGCAAUGUAAUUCUACCUUCAACCAUAAGUACUUCUCCAUCAUCACCAUCUCCGACAGUAGCGUCGUCACCUUCUCCAACAGUAGCGUCAUCACCUUCAACACAUUCUACAUCACCUUCUCCAUCACCUUCUCCAUCAGUACCUUCCCCAUCCCCAUCUUCUUCAUCAUCUGCUUUCAAUAUCACCCAAAUUCUAAACAAGUACCCAGAAUUCAGCAUAUUCAAUGACUACCUGACACGAACUCAAGUUUCUAACCAGAUCAAUGAACGCAGAACCCUCACGAUCCUCGUGGCCAACAAUGAAGCCAUGUCCUCAUUAGUAGGACAACCAAUGGACGUCAUUAGAAAGGUGUUGAGCCUCCAGGUAGUCCUGGACUACUAUAACGUCCAAAAGUUCCACAACUUGCCUGUUUCGAAGCCCACUCGAAUAAUCACACUGCUCGAAGCUGCUGACAAACCAAGUGGCCAACAAGGCUUUGUGAACAUCACAAACGGGGACACUAUCUCGAUUGUUUCAGGUGCUGGUUCUGACCAAGCACUAGUAGUUCGAGAUGUUGCUGCUGAUGAGCUUUCUACUAUAUCAGUGGUGCAAAUUAACAAGGUAAUAGUGCCUUCAGGCUUAACUUCACCACCCUCUUUAUCACCUUCUCCAUCAAUACCUUCAUCACCUUCUUCCUCAAUUUUCAACAUCACCAAAAUUCUAAACAAUUAUCCAGAAUUCAGCCAAUUCAAUGCCUACCUGACCGACACCCAAGUUUGUGACCAGAUCAAUGCACGUACAACUGUCACGGUUCUUGUUGUCAACAAUGCCGCCAUGUCUUCCUUAGUAGGAAAAUCAACUGAGAUUAAGAAAAGGGUACUAAGCCUCCACGUUAUUACGGAUUACUAUACCUCUCAAAGUUUCCACAACUUUCCUACUUCGAAGACCACCCAAUUGACCACACUGCUCCAAGUUUCUUUUCAAUCAAAUGGGUUUCAAGGUUUGUUGAAUGCCACAAGUGGGGAUGCGGUCUCGAUUGUUUCCGCUGCUGGUUCUGACAAAGUAGAAGUAGUUAAAGAUAUAUUUACUGAGAAUUUGAAAAUAUCAGUAGUGCAAAUUAACAAUCUAAUUGUUCCUUCUGACUCAACUUCACCUUCUCCAUCACCUUCUCCAUCAGAGUCCUCUCCUUCAGUACCUUCUUCAUCAGCUCCUUCUUCAUCAGCUGCUUUUGACAUCACCAAAAUUCUAAGCAGCAACUCAGAUUUCAACCUCUUCAACAACUACCUGACCCAAACCCAAGUUGCUAACCAGAUCAAUGAACACAAAACCAUGACACUCUUCGUGGUCAACAAUGGCGACAUGACCUCAUUAGUAGACAAACCAAUGGAGAUUAAGAAAAAGGUCUUAAGCCUCCACGUUAUCAUGGACUAUUAUACUGUCCAAAAGUUCCAUAACUUGCCUGUUUCGCAGCCCACUCGAAUAAACACACUGCUCCAAGUUACUGAUGAACCAAGUGGCCAACAAGGCUUCGUGAACGUUACAAAUGGUGACACAAUCUCAAUUGUUUCAGCUGCGGGUUCUGACCAAGCAGUGGUUGUUCGAGAUGUUGCUGAUAAAACUAAUACCAUAUCAGUGGUGCAAAUUAGCAAUCUAAUACUGCCUUCAGGCUUAAUUGCACCGACUUCAUCACCUUCUCCAUCAAAUUCUUCAAACCCAGGUAAGUCGCGAGCUGCCGCACCAGUCCAGGUUCCAUCUAGAAGCAUUGCAUCCGCACCAAACCUGGGCGGCGCACCAUUGCCAAAUGCACCAAACAUGGGCAACGCACCAUUGCCAAACGCACCAAACAUGGGCAACGCACCAUUGACAAACGCACCAAACCUGGCCAGUGCACCAUUGCCAAACGCACCAAACAUGGGCAGCGCACCAUUGUCAAACACACCAACCAUGGGAGUCGCACCAAUAUCCGACCCACCAAUGAGUGUGGCUCUUUCACCUGAGUCACCAUUGUCGAAUGCAUUUGCUGCAGGCCCACAGUCAUCUGGGACUCCUGCAAGGUUUUCUAUGAAUUGUGCUUCUGUGCUAACCAUAAUUUUGGUGUCCACUUUGCCUCUAAUUUCCGUGAUACUGAUUUGAGUUAGAAGAAGCAUCAGGUUCAUGACCACAGAAUAAGGAAGAAGUGUCACAUGGUAAAGUAGGUGAUUUGAUUUUUUGUUUUUGGUGUAUGCAGCUUUCAGUUGUAUUGUAUUAAUUAGUUUCUAGGGAUGCAGUUAGUGUUUUUUAGUUGAUGUACUCACUUUGGCUCUGUUUUGCAAGAACCAGACAACUUUAGCAAUAAAAUUUCAUCAUUGCUUUUC